CCUCUUUCUCUCUCAGAUCACUACCAUCUCCAGCUCGAUUUCUAAUUCAUCCGUCAUGACCUCACAAGCUUGUAUUCCUAUUCAUAAAAAGCUCAAAGAUCUUUGUAAGCAUCAUGUUGAUGGAUUCUCUGCUGUUCUAGUUCACAAGAAGAAUAUAUUCAAGGGAUUACAUUGGACUAGUGUUGUUGUGGAAUUGAAAUUGAAUUGCUUUGUUUUGAGAUAUUUCACCAUCUUCGUCAAACGUACCCAGAACCAACAGCUUACCUCGGCAUCUGAUGACAUUUUUUUGAUUUUGCAAUCUGGAUUAGCUAAGAUCAGAAGUCAUUUGCAUAUGAAUCGUCUCUGCUCACCAAAGCAAGGACAUGUUUAGAGUAUAGUGGCGAAUGUGUCUUUUCUAAUUCAACCGGAGAGCUUAUUCAAAUCUAUAACUUGUUUCGUAUAGUCAGUCCCAAUUGAGAAUUUGUGAAAGCUGCUGCCUUCUGAGUCUUGCAAUUGAGCAUUCUAGUUCUGGAUUAGUUUGAGUUUGUGUGAUUGUUAACCGCAGGACAAGAAGUGGAGUAUAGACUGUGGGAUCAUUAACAAUUUUUAAGGAAUGUCUCAUGUUGUGUGCUUGUCAUCUCUCUAAGGACGCUGCUUUUAUUAGGUGAGUUUUUUUCCUUCUCUACAGCUCUGAAUCUCAGGCUUUCAUGCGAUAAAUGGCAAUUGGAAAC